GGACAGAAACAAAAUGAGCUCCUCUAACAUGAAGAUUAUUACUGUAGUCGGCAGCGGGCUGAUUGGCCGCUCCUGGUCCAUGGUGUUUAUCAGUGGAGGUUACAGCGUGAAGAUCUAUGACAAUCAACCGGGGCAGGCUGUCAAUGCUAUUAAAGAGAUCAGGAAGCAGCUGGAGGAGCUGGAGGGAGCCCACAUGCUGAGAGGAGAGCUGAAGGCCACGGAGCAGCUCGCUCUGCUCAGCAGCUGCGAUGACAUGGCUCAGGCGCUGGAGGGAGCCUUCUUUGUGCAGGAGUGUGUAUUUGAGCAGCUGGAGGUCAAGCAGAGCGUCUUCCAGGACUUGGAGCGUCUUGUUGGAAAAGACGUCAUCCUGAGCAGCUCCACUUCCUGUCUGGUGCCGAGCGACGUCUUCUCUAAAGUGCAGAACAGGAGCCGCUGCCUCGUCUCACACCCGGUGAACCCACCCUACUAUGUCAAACUGGUGGAGCUGGUGCCUCACCCAGAGACAGCAGCAUCCGUUAUGGACACCACCCAUGCCUUAAUGACCAAGGUCGGCCAGGCACCUGUCCGUCUGAGGAAAGAGAUUGACGGCUUCGCUCUCAACAGAGUCCAGGCGGCUAUUAUCGCCGAGUCCUGGAGGCUGGUCCAGGAUGGCAUUAUCUCUGUCAAGGACAUCGACCUGGUGAUGUCAGAGGGGCUCGGAAUGCGUUACGCCUUCAUUGGUCCAAUGGAAACGAUUCACCUCAACGCACCUGAAGGUAUGGAAGACUAUAUGAAACGUUAUGGAGUGGGCAUUACUCGAGUCCUGACCUCCUUUGGACCUGUACCAGACUUCUGCGGUGAGGGAUCCAAAAGCAUCGUUAAUGAGAUGUGUGAGCUGAUUCCAAAUGACCGGCAGAAUCUGUUGGCCCGCACUGAGAGGAGGGACCAGCUCCUCAUGGCUCUGGCCAAGCUGAAGAAGGACCACUAAGAAAGACAUGAGACAAAGUCACAAAAACGUCUUAACUUCUGAAUAUCAAUUUCAACAAUUUGCGUGAUUUUUCUGUUUACCAUGACUUCUGCAAGAGGAUUUUUAACCCCUCUAAGUUUAUUAAUGGUAAGUCAGCACAUAGUUUUGAACAAAAUCUUUGAAAUGAGGCUGAUAAAUUGUUGAAUUAGACAUCUGUGCUACGUCAGCAAUAAGACUUAUAUCUUGAGAAUGGCCAGAAAGAGCUGUUCUCAAAGUGUCUGUUAUGGAAGAUCCUGUGACACGACUGCCAAUCUUACAGAAGAACUGAGGCAGAGAAUCAAUUUCAAACAUUUAUUUUCUAAAAUUACCAAACAUUGGAUAUCUUUGUCUGUGCCUUGAUCUUAAGACUCAUUGUGAUAAAGACAUAUUCAGAAGCAGUCAUCUCCCCCGGUGCAUCACAUUGCAAAAUGGUCGCUGUGGUCAACCAAUUCUCCGAAAAAUUUGAGAGACCGAGUCUGCAAUAAUUACAUUUUUAUAUUUUUUUAUAUUGACAGAUCGCAGCAUGUUUGAUUCUGACCAUGUGAGAAAAUAAAAACUAUGAAGUCAUGCA